AUGUCGGACAUAGUGUGCAGGUGGUUAAACCAGGAGGUGAAGCUGUCCCGGACAAGUGAACCUCACCUGCUGGCAGACUUGUAUGACACUGUGGUGUUCUCACAGCGAUGUGCCUCCUCGAUCACCCUGGCUUGGUUUGUCCCCAUUGUUUCGGCAAAGAGUUCAUUAUACAUUGGUCCAAAGGCACUGGAAAAGGAUUUUUCUAAUGGCUUCCUACUUGGUGAACUUCUGCACAAACAUGAACUUCAGGAUGAUUUCCCCCAAUUUUCAGAAGGCAGGGUUUCCAAUGCCAAGCUUAAUAAUUUUUCGCGCUUAGAACCAACAUUCCAACUCCUGGGUGUUCAGUUCGAUCAAAAUGUGGCCCAAAAUAUUAUGACAGAAAAACAUGGCUCUGUAACCAAACUUCUUUAUCAGUUGUACAUCGCACUCCAAAAAAAGAAAAAAAGUGGACUAACUGGAGUUGCAAUGCAAACAAUGAGACCUUUAGCACCUGCAAAACUACAGAAUAUGAAAAGUGAGAUUUAUCGAGAGAGACUUAAGAACCUGGUGCCUCGGCAAACUGAUUUGAAUCUAAAACGAGUUUCAGAAAAGUUUCAAGCAAAAUUUAAACAGAUGGAAGAAAAAAUUAAUCGUGUGCAUUUUGAAAAUAUUCAAAAAAUUCAAAAGUUAAAGGAAGAACAAAGAAUACAAGAUCUUGAAAAGCAACGCGUGGGCAGAAGACGGCAACAUGAAAUGAUGGCUAGAAUUCAAGCAGCCAUUUUACAGAUUCCCAAAGCAUUACCAAACCGUACUUUGAAAGCUAUUGAAAGACACAAAAUGUUGAUGAAGAAAAAAGAGGCAGAGGAUGUGCUUAAUGAAAUUAAGACGUUUGAAUUGCUAAUAAGAAAGGAGAUUGAGGCCAAAGACGGUGUAUCAAAAGUUCCUACAGCAGCCCAGACAACUGCUGACUUGUUAAGCACUUAUUCAGAUGAGGAGUACAUGAAAAAAAUUCAGAAACGGCUAGAGGAAGAUACCUUAGCCCGGGAACAAAGGGAGAAAAGAAGAAGGAAAUUGUUAAUGGAUCAGUUAAUAGCCCAUGAAGCACAAGAGGAGGCUUACCGAGAAGAACAACUCAUUAACCGUCUAAUGAGACAAUCCCAGCAGGAGCGUCGAAUUGCUGUGCAGCUCAUGCAUGUUCGGCAUGAAAAGGAAGUUUUAUGGCAAAACAGAGUUUUCAGAGAAAAACAGUAUGAAGAAAGACGACUGAAAGAUUUCCAGGAUGCUCUUGACAGAGAAGCAGCCCUUGCAAGACAAGCCAAGCUUGAACACGAAGAACAAGCCCAAAAACAAGUAGAAAUUCACGAACAAAUAACGGCAGAAAGGGCUCAGGCUCGUUAUAAGAAACAUUAUUCAAUGUGUGCGGAAAUCUUGGACCACAUCAUUGAUUUCUCAACUAAAAUAACAGAAUAUCGAAGCUUAACUCAUAAUCUUAUUCCAGUUAAAAUUAUGCGUGAUUGGAAGGAGCUGUUUUUUAGCGGGAAGCCAAUUUAUGAACAAGCCUCCAUUGACCCCCUGCCGACUCGCUUUACUUCAGAACAACUAGUAGAACUAUCCAAAAGGAGUUUACUAGAUGACAAUGAUUAUGAGGAGUAUAAGACCUUUACCGGAGAGUGGACUCUCCCAGAAGAAAUGUCUGAGUCUGCCAUACCCCCCAAUAAUAACAUACUGGGUCAUGUGCUUCGUGUAGUUAAUGAAAAGGUUUACCCUCCAAAACCAAUACCGUUGGUGCCUGAGACUCCUUCCUUUUCAACUAAAGGAUGCAUGCUGGGAAAGACAUGUAGUGGGAAAACCAGCUGUCUGAAGAUUUUAGAAGAAGCUUUCCAUAUUGAGAUACUUUGUAUUGACACUCUGGUUCAAGAAGCUAUUCAGGCUUUCCUUAUAAAUGAAACAAUAACUGAAGAUGUGGCAAAUGCGCCAGAAAAAGAAGAGUCUGAAAAAGAGAUUCAGCUUAGUAACCGUGCUCAGCUUGGUGCAAAAUGUGAAAAAUUGCUGAAGAAAGGAAGAAGUAUCCCGGAUGUACUGCUAAUUCAAAUCAUGGUGGAUGCCAUUAAUCAAGUACCAGUAGAAAAAGGAUGGAUCUUGGAUGGUUUUCCAAUGACGAUAAAUCAAGCAAAACUUCUUGAGGAAGCCCUUACAGGGUUCAACCCAGAUCAACAAGAACACGAGGGAAAGAAUUACAAACAAUCAUCAUUGGUAUAUGAUCCGACAGCACCCAAACAGCCCCCUCCUCCCCCACCUGCACUUGAUUUUGCUAUGUUGCUGGAUAUAACUGAUACGAUGGUGUUGAAUCGUGUGAUGGGAGAGGAAAAAAGUACCCCUGAAAUAGUUUUUGGACCAGUCAGUAGAAGUCCAGACUCAUUUUCUGAAGAUCAAGAAAAGACUGAGCUCUUGAGGGAUCAGAUACAACACAGAAUUUUAGGUUUCCUGGACAACUGGCCAGAAUUGGAAAAAUGGUAUUCAGAAAAACAAGACAUUCUAAUCAAAGUCAACGCAGAAGUAGAUAAAAGGACUUUAUCCACAAAAGUACAAGAGUAUUUUAUUGCCGAAUUGAGGAGAAAAGAGGCUAAAGCUAAAAAGAGACUAGAAGAAGAGGAAGCUGAGAGGAAAAAGAAAGAAGAAGCCCCCCCGCCUGAACCUCCACCUCCACCUCCCCCUGAACCAGAGAAGGAAAAAGAACAUUCUCCAAAGGGGGCAAAAGGGAAAGGUAGAAGAGGGAAAUCUUCAGGAAAAGGAUUGGACAAGAAAUCACCGGGAAAGAAAUCACCUGUUGAAGAAAUAUCACCUCCUCCACCUCCAGGACCACCACCAAUCAAACCAGGGUCAGAAGAAUGGGUCUAUGUGGAUGAACCACUUGCUCAGGAAAUACCUCAAUAUUUAGUGCCUUAUUGGGAAACAAUAGAAAAUUCAUACAUAAACACCAUCAAAGCAAUACUCAGGCAGAUAAGAGAUGAGCGACACAGCGUACUUUUUUAUCUACAUGACAUCAGACUAAAUUACCAGGAGUACCUGCAACGUCCAGACCACAAGCAAGAGUUUGUAUCUCAAUGGCAGGCUGAUUUUAACAAUCUCCCUGAAGACCUGUGGGAUGAUGAAGAAACGAAAGCUGAACUACACCAGAGAGUCAACGAUUUAAGAGACCGCUUAUGGGACAUAUGUGAUACUCGAAAGGAAGAGGCAGAACAAGAACGUGCUGACAUCAUUGAUGAAUCCUGGCUACAAGACCAUCUUGGAAUCCUCAUGAACCAUUUCUUUUCUUUGAUGCAGGUGGAACUUAACCGUUUCCAAGACACGAAAAGACUUCUUCAAGAUUACUAUAGGGGAAUAGAAGGCAAAAUCCCCAUGGAAAUUACUAGACGUGGAAGCACUCGGGUCCCGCUGGUAAAUCUUGAAGACGCUGAUGUGCCUAAAAUCUAUUCCAAAAUCCCUGUAGUUCCCCGGAGAGUUGCCUCUCCUGAUGGAAUAAUAAACAAGCCCAAAAGUAAAGUAUCCCUGAAAAGAGGCAGGACUGAUUACUGCAUAGAGGCCGUCGAACUCAAAUAUGAAGCAGAUGAGAAGACGGUCAUCAACGUGUGGCAAAAUGCAAAUUCUGCAAUAAACCACUUGGUAAAUGCUGAAAUACAUUUGAAGAAAUUAGAAGACGAAAAAGAAAACAUGCCAGAUGAAUCUAAAGACAAAUCUCCUCAGCAAGGUGGUAAAGGUGGCAGACAUGCAAAGAAGCCAGAAAAGAAGAAGAAAGCUCAAUCUCCAGAAGUCCCUCCCGUGGUUCUAACACCAGAGGAACAGGCGGAGCUACAAAGGAAGCAAGAAUUGAAAAUGAAAAUAAAGGAUGAACAUCUUGCAGCCCUUCAGUGUGAAGCACAAGCAGCCCAGUUCCGCCUUGAGCUGAUCAAGACAAAGGCCCUUGCUCACAUGGAAGAACUUCUAGGAAGGGCGGUGGAAGUUUACAAACUGAUGGACAAGUGGUUGGGAGCCCGGUACUUGGCGGAAAUGGCAAGCGUGGAAAAAUUAACUGAAGUGGCACACUACCACAUCGAAACGUCAACAAGGAUUCAGCAUGAACUUAUUUUAAAUGGUGAAGACUUCUUCAUCAACGGCGAUGUGAAAGUCUUUCCUGAUCCCCUUCCUCCAAUUCGGCCACCACCUGUGGAGAAAGAAAUAACUACUUACCUCACUAUCAAACAGCUCAAUACCCUUCGAAAAGAGUUUAUGGAGAUGGCACCAAAAGCCAAAACACCAUGGAAGUAUUUUAAAAAAGGAGGCUCUUCAAUUGAUACUCGAAGAUAUGCUGAGGAAAAGAAAAGGCUGAAAAAUCUUGACUAUUACCUACCUAAGAGGAACAACCAGUUUUUGAAAAUUUGGCUAAAAAGAUACCCCUGGCUGGUGUAUGAUGACAGAUCAGACCUAAUGUUCUGUGGCUUGUGUCGAAAACAUGGAGUGAGCUCAGGAGGAAACCAAGUUAGUUUUUUUUAUGGCACCAACAACUUUAGGACUGAAUUUCUCCAGGCACAUGACAACAGUGAGGCUCAUGCCAAAGCUUCUCUAGCAGAAGCAACAGGUGUUUCCACCUUGACUGAUGCUGCCAAAGAGCAGCUGAUGAAGAAUAGGAACAAAGUAAUCCUGGGAAGAAUAGAAAACCUCUUUAGGUCAUGUCAUGCUAUUGCCAAGACUGGGCGUCCCCUCAAAGACUUUGUCUGGAUGUGCAAACUGGAUGAUAUGAAAGGUGUAGAUGUUGGUCCAGUAUUCAGAACUGACAAGUCAGCGAGGACUUUUGUAUAUUUCAUUGCUGAAGUAGAACGCAGGUCACUGAGAGAGAAACUAGAAAAAUGUAAGUUCUUCUCACUCAUCAGUGAUGGCGGCACAGACAGCAUCAUAGAAGACACCAAAGUCAUUUAUGUACAGUUUGCAUACGAGGGCAAAGUCCAUUGUCAGGUUGUUGGAGUGCAGACCGUGGACAAGAUUGAUCCUGUAGCAAUAAAAAAUGCCAUUGAACAAACACUUGAGAAAAAUCUUCAGCUAAAUCUGUCUAGCAAAGACUGGUCCAAAAAGCUAGUCGGGUUUGGGAGCAACGGCACAGCUGUCAUGGUAGGAGAGAACAAUGGUGUGGCCAGGCUUUUGAAAGAAAUCCAGCCAUGUGUGCAGACAGUCCACUGUUUUGCACACCGGCUUGAGCUAGCUUACCAAGACGCGUUGCAGAGCGUCCAACUAUACAAUACUGUGAAUGAUCUUCUCCAGAAUGUGUAUUAUUUUUACCAUGAUUCACCCUCAAAUAAAAAUGCUCUAAUAGCCACCUUUGAAGACCUUAAAAUCCACCCUGUGAUUCCUUGUCGAAUUGGCAACAGCAAGUGGCUCCCUCGUUUACAGACAGCUCUCCAAGUCUUUCUCAAAGGAUAUUCUGCAAUUGUCAAGCAACUGAGAACAAUACCUGAAGGCAGAAGUACCUCUGAUCCUCAGAAAGCUACGGAGCUCCUACAAUUCCUGCUCCAAGCUGAGGUUGUCAGAUUUGCUCACUUCCUGCUGGAUGUAAUCAAUGUCCUCAGCAUUUUGUCCCGAGUCAAUCAGGAUAGAAAUUCGUCAAUAGGAGACAUAUUUGCAACCUUACAAUCAACACUAGGAACACUCAGCAUGUAUAAAAAAAGACCAGGUCCAAAGGAACGUCUGGCUGAGUCUGCUACACACUUUCAUGGUAACCAACUUCUAGGAAAUGGAAACAUCUCUGAAGUACGGAACAUAGUCUUAACAAACCUCACAAGGCAUCUUCGUGAUUGUUUCAGUGAUGCCAGCCAUGAUGUGGUGAGAGCAACCACUAUUGGAAGUUUCAAAUUAUGGCCAGGAAAGAUAGAUCAAGAGUUUGGUGAGAAAGAGAUAGCAAUUCUUACAAAGCAUUACGAACCUGUGUUGGAAGGCGCCAAUGUGAAAAUUGAUGAAGUGGAAACAGAAUGGAGCAUGAUGAAAUUAGAGAUUUAUAAUCGAUUUCAGAACAUCCGAAAGUUAACGUGGGAUUUUGUUAAUUCCAUCUACUCAAUCAAGUAUCCCAAUAUAUUGACCCUAGUAGAUCUGGUGUUGACACUGCCUGCAAGUUCAGCUGAGGCAGAACGUGGGUUCAGUCAGAUGAAACUAACCAAGUCACAAAUGCAUUUUAAAAUAAAGCCUGAGAGCAUGACUGACCUUUUAAUAAUCCAGCUGAAUUCUCCAGAUAUCAACAAGUUUGACCCCAAGAAAGCCAUCCAUCUGUGGAACACAUCUUGGCAGAGAAGUACACCCCCACCAACUGACCAUAUGAUAACUAUGUCAGAUUACUCCUCAAGUUCAGAUAGCCUUUAUGAAAGUGAUUAA